AUGGCACCCGCUCCCACCAACACGGAUUGGUCGGUUCAAUUCGACACUCAGCGACGUGAGAAUCUUUUCAAGAACCCGCCCUCAGAUAAAACCGCCUAUCCGUCGCUGGCCGAGUCUAUUAAGCCUCACGUUGAUUCAUUCAAUGCCCUCUUCGACGACAGCAAGAUUCUGGAGGCCGGUCUGAAGGAUAUCGGAAUCAAGACCUUCCUCGAUGGCGAAAUCGAAACCCCCGAGCAGAAAGCGGCGCGAAAGGCAGAGGGUCUCCGUGCUCCGAAGCGCAACCGCUUGAACGUCCGUGUGAAGGAACUUUUCCUGGACAAGCCCACUCUGCCGCCCACCAACAAGUACAGCACCAAAAACCGCAACAUUUAUCCCUCCGAGUGCCGUGAACGACAUGCGACUUACCGUGGCAAGCUCCGCGCCCGUCUCGAGUACCAGGUCAACAAUGGCGACUGGAUGGAGUCUGUGCGUGAGCUGGGUCAGGUUCCCAUCAUGCUGCGCACCAAUCGAUGCCACCUGGAGCACGCGACCCCAGAGCAGCUCGUCACUCGCAAGGAGGAGUCAGAAGAACUUGGUGGAUACUACAUUGUGAACGGUAACGAGAAGCUGAUUCGAAUGCUCAUCGUCGGCAAGCGCAAUUACCCUAUGUCUAUCGUUCGUAACUCGUUCGUCAAGCGUGGUCACACCUACACCAGCUUUGGUGUGCAAAUACGAUCAGUCCGUCCCGACCAAACGUCUCAGACUAAUGUUCUGCACUAUCUCACGGACGGUAAUGUCACAUUCCGUUUCUCGUGGCGCAAGAACGAGUAUCUUGUCCCCGUGAUGAUGAUUCUCAAGGCUUUGGUGGAGACCAACGAUCGCGAAAUCUUCGAGAGCCUUGUUGGCAGCGCUACCUCCAAGGGUAUGAAGAACACUUUCGUUACAGACCGUGUUGAGCUGCUGCUCCGAACAUACCAGGCCUACAACAAGCACAGCCGCUAUGACUGCCGUGCUCACCUGGGUAAAUCCUUCCGUCCUGUGCUCGGUGUUUCUGCCGACAUGUCUGAUGAGGAGGUCGGUACUGAGUUCCUGCGCAAGGUUGUUCUCCCUCACCUGGGUAACUAUAAUGUCACCGAGACCCAGGACUACGACAAGUUCAAGAUGGUCAUUUUCAUGAUCCGGAAGUUGUACGCCCUGGUUGCAGGUGACUGCGCUCCCGAUAACCCUGAUGCAGUCUCCAACCAGGAGGUUCUUCUUGGUGGUUUCCUGUACGGAAUGAUUCUGAAGGAGCGUAUUGAAGAGUGGCUCCGCUCAUUUGGCCCUAUCGCUCGUGACUGGAGCAUGCGGAAUAACGGUGCCAAGUUCACCGACCCCUCUUUCGAGCGCGACUUCUUGUCCAAGAUUGUCAAGCGCUCCAAUGAGAACAUUGGUAACGCGCUUGAGUACUUCUUGUCUACCGGUAACCUCGUCUCCCCCACUGGUCUCGAUCUGCAACAGACUUCUGGUUACACCGUCAUUGCGGAGAAGAUCAACUUCUACCGUUUCAUCAGUCACUUCCGCAUGAUUCACCGUGGUAGUUUCUUCGCCCAAUUGAAGACUACUACUGUUCGUAAGCUGCUGCCAGAGAGUUGGGGCUUCCUUUGCCCUGUUCACACCCCUGAUGGUUCUCCCUGUGGUCUGUUGAAUCAUUUGGCGCACAAGUGUCUGAUUGCCACCGACAAUCUUGACGUCUCUAGCUUGCCUAAAACUCUUGUUCAGCUUGGUGUCCGCGCCGAGUCCUCAGUUGCUCUUGAUGACAGCGUCGUUGUCCAGCUGGAUGGCCGUAUCAUUGGAUUCUGCUCGCCUGCCCAGGCACACAAAAUUCACGACACGCUCCGCUACUGGAAGGUCGAGGGAACCAACGGAGUUCCCCGCGGUUUGGAGAUUGGUUAUGUUCCGAAUUCCAAUGGUGGACAGUAUCCUGGUAUCUACAUGUUCUCGCAAUCCGCAAGAAUGUAUCGCCCCGUCAAGUACCUCGCUCUGGACAAGAUGGACUAUGUUGGUCCGUUCGAGCAGCCCUUCAUGGAGAUCGCCUGUGUGGAGUCUGACCUGAUCGCCGGUGUAUCCACUCACAUCGAGUACACACCUACUAACAUUCUCUCCAUCGUGGCCAACAUGACUCCUUUCUCCGACUACAACCAGUCUCCCCGAAACAUGUACCAGUGCCAGAUGAGCAAGCAGACCAUGGGUACCCCGGAACGUCCAUCGGCUACCACUGGUCAGACUCCUAUUGUCCGCCCUCCGCUCUACAAUGCGUACGGCCUGGAUAACUUCCCUAACGGCAUGAACGCUGUUGUGGCCAUCAUCUCGUACACCGGUUACGACAUGGACGACGCCAUGAUUAUCAACAAAUCCGCUCACGAGCGCGGCUUUGGUCACGGUACAAUCUACAAGACCAAGGUUCACUCCCUUGCCGAGCGUGACUCCCGCCGCAGCAAGUCCAAGCGCGAAAUUACCAAGCUGUUCGGUUUCGCCCCCGGCGACAUGGUUCGUCAAGAGCUCCGUCAAUUCAUUGAUGAGGACGGUCUACCGCACGUCGGUGUCCGCGUGAAGGAGGGUGACAAAAUCGCUGCCUACCACGAUGUCCGGUACGACGCCGCCUCCGACUCAUAUGUUAAUGUCGAUGGUGUCACACACUUCCUCAAAUACAAGGAUGCGGAAGCUGGCUACAUCGAGAGCAUCCGUCUCAUGGGUGCCGAGUCCGGUAAUGAGCCUAUCCAGUCUCUUAGCGUCAAGUACCGAAUUCCCCGUAAGCCGAUCAUCGGUGACAAGUUCUCCUCUCGUCACGGUCAGAAGGGUGUUUGCUCGCAGCUCUGGCCUGCCAUUGACAUGCCUUUCUCCGAGAGCGGCAUGCAGCCUGACUUGAUUAUUAACCCUCACGCUUUCCCAUCCCGUAUGACAAUCGCCCAAAUGAUUGAAUCCAUGGCCGGUAAAGCCGGGGCUCUCCACGGUCACCCGCAAGACUCAACCCCCUUCCAAUUCUCCGAAGAAAAUACCGCCACCGACUACUUCGGCCAACAGCUCCGCAAGGCAGGCUACAACUACUACGGCAACGAACCUCUAUACUCUGGUAUCACUGGAAAGGAAUUCGCCGCCGACAUCUACAUGGGCCUGGUCUACUACCAGCGUCUGCGACACAUGGUUAACGACAAGUUCCAAGUGCGUACAACGGGUCCCGUGAACGCGCUGACUGGACAGCCUGUUAAGGGUCGUGCGAAGGGUGGUGGUAUCCGUGUUGGAGAGAUGGAGCGUGAUUCAUUGAUUGCGCACGGUGCUGCGUUCCUACUUCAGGAUCGUUUGAUGAAUUGCUCUGAUGCUCAACAUGCGUGGAUCUGUCGUGGGUGUGGUUCUUUCCUCUCGACCCAGGUUGCUGUUUCGGGCUCUGGGGCUUCACGUCGCGCCGCUGUCAACCCUGGUGCUGCUGCCGCCGCGGCUGCGGCCGCUGCCAAGGCUGCGCCGAACCAGCAGCACGGCUCUGGCGCUGGCGCUGGUGGUGCCCUUGGUGGUGUUACUGGUAUUGUGCGCUGUCGUCGCUGUGCCAAGCCGGCGGGGAUUAAUGACUCGCGCGCUGAGGCGUGGGAGGAUGGUGAUGGGCUCCGCUAUGUGGGCGGUGACGAUGUAACUAUCGUUGCCGUGCCGGGUGUUUUGAGAUACCUGGAUGUUGAGCUCGCUGCUAUGGGCAUUCGCAUGAAGUUCUGGGUGGACAAUUAG